GAGGAACUUCUGUCUCAUGGCAUCUUGGAACCGCUGACUGCACCCAUUGAAGGAAUGGUAGUGAAAGAAGGCUCGUGCAAUUACAUGGCACCCCAGGGCAUCUCCUCGGUUGUCAAGUAUUAUUUAAAACAGUCAGGUGCAGAUGUCUUCUAUGAACAGCAUGUAACUAGCAUCUCUCUCCGAGAUGGGAAAUGGGAAGUCUCCAGGAAAAUGGGACCGCCGGAACAGUUUGAUAUAGUUAUUCUCACAAUGCCUGUUCCACAAGUUCUUCAGCUGCAAGGUGACAUUGUAAACAUAAUUACUGAAAGUCAAAAGCAGCAACUGGAGUCUGUGAGCUACUCUUCCCGCUACGCUCUGGGACUUUUCUAUGAAGCUGGUACACGGAUUGAUGUCCCCUGGGCUGCACAGUACAUCACCGAUAAUCCCUGCAUACGCUUCAUCUCCAUCGAUAAUAAGAAACGCAAUAUAGAGUCUCCUGAAAUUGGGCCCUCAGUUGUAGUUCAUACAACUGUGACCUUUGGAAGCAAGCACCUGGAUUCAGACCCUGCAGAGGUGCAGCAGUUAAUUCUCAGUCACCUGGAGAGGAUUGUGCCAUCCCUACCUAAACCGGCCAGCAUCAAGUGUCAGAAAUGGAGAUACUCUCAGGUUACAAAAGCUGUGCCCGAUUGUCCGGGACGAAUGAUUCUUCAUACUCAACCUCUCCUGAUUUGUGGGGGCGAUGGAUUCACUCGUUCCAACUUCGAUGGCUGCAUAGAUUCUGCUCUGAGUCUUGCAGAGGCUGUGAAGUCUCAUUUGUAGCAAUUUCAAAGUCAGCUGCUAAACAUAGUCGAGAUUUAAGAUGAAUUUUACUAUGAUGGAUUGAAUUAAGUUUAGCGUUAACAUCACUGGCCUCUAUCUUGCAAAAAAAAUAAAUAAAAGAAGAUCUAUUGGUGUGCUG